AUGGAGAGAUCCGUCAGCCAACCAGAUCCGCCUCGCAUCAAGAGUCAGUGUGUGUGUGUUUGUGUGUGUGAGUGCGGCAGGGGAAGGUUGCAGGGGUCACAGCCACAUCUGGCUGAAGGCUGGGAGAUAUUUGUCUUCAUUCGUACGGACAGGACCGCGCCUCUCGCGGCGCUGCUGUCACUAUUAUCUGUGGGAGGGACAGUGACGCCUCAGAGCGAGGAGGGAGAGUGUCUCCGCGUUCAGACCCGUGGACCUGCUCACCCGGACCCUCAGGAGUGCGCAGGGGCCGGGGCGGUCUGUGAGAUUACUGGGUGCAGAGAGGAAACCAGGCCUGUGCAUGUGGAGUUUCCAGCAGCUCCAUGUCAACAAUACCUCUCCUGA